GGCGUCUCCGUUGGCCGCUGAGCUCUGGGGCUGCCGGGGAACGGGAGCGCCCAGGGCCUGGCUGCUGGCCAGGGACUGCGAAGGGCCGAGACCCGCUCAGGCCGCUGCACUAGAAGCGGCGGGCGCGUGGGUAACUUCCCUGGUUUGCUGCACCUCCGCUGGUGCUGGAGAACAGGGAUCAGCUGGAAACAGAGCGUGUUUCCCGCCUUCCCGCCGCGGAGGAGUGGGGUUGUCAGAGACGGUUCUGGUUGUUCGUCUCUCUCGGCCAGUUAGAGAGAUUGGGUUGAACAAGACCUAAGAUCCCGAGAUCUAAGGAGACUGGCUUCUUCCCCCAGUGAGGGCUUGCGAAAGCUGCAUCUCCGGUUUCUGUCUGUUGCCAUGUCUCUGCCCCACGGACUGGUGCCCUAGAAGAUGCUUCAGAAAGGAGGAAGUCAGGGCCUAAUCUGAUGAUUUUUUUUUAAAGCAAAGUUUCUGGAGACUGGCUUUAUACGCCAUAGUUAGAUUGGUGCUUUUUUAUUUGCUUUUGGGCUUUUAAACAGCUUCCUAGCAAAAAUAUUUAAAUACUAUUCUCUAAAAGGAUACCAGUAGUUUCAAAUACCAUUUCUAAAUAGAUACCAGUAGUUUCAAAUGAGGUAUCUUUUAUUUGACCAACUUGGGUUAGUGAAAGAGACAAGCUUGUGAACUACACAGAGCUCUUCAGUUUCAUAUACACUUCUACCCCGAUACACCGCGACCUGAUAGAACACAAAUUCGGCUAUAAUGCGGUAAAACAGCGCUCUGGGAGAGGGGGGGCGGGCGCGGCGGCAGGGCUGCGCACUCCAGCGGAUCAAAGCAAAUUUGAUAUAACGCGGUUUCACCUAUAACGCGAACAUUGGCCAACAGAUACUCCUGGUUUGAACAACAAGGAUUAAGUGAGUCUGAAAAUAUGUGGAUGCUGAUACUGAAGGCUGUCAAUCCAGAUCUAAAACCCACAAGCUGGGAAACAGUGCCCAGUUUACCAGAAUUUUUUGGACAGAAUUCUGAAAAUGAGAAGAACCCACCAAAACCAGAAGUCUUUAAGGUAGGAAUGAAAGAUUUUCAAUGGAUACCUCUCCCAUCUUUCUACAAAGAAAAAGCUCUUAAUAGAAAGAAUCCAAGCUGCUGUCACAUAUCAAAAAGUCAAACUGAGCAUCUAAUGGAAAGAGAGGACCAAGCAGACCAAAACCAGCUAAAUAUUGCUCCUGUAGUUGAGAAAAUAUCCCUUGCAGUUAAUGACAAUCCAGAUGAGAUCAUAAGAAUGAAACACAGCAGAAAAAGUUCUUCAAAACUGAAAGAAAAAGAAAGUACUGAAAAGUAUGAACUUAAUCAAUUUACAGAUUCAAUACUGCAUUCUGUACCAGCAUCUACCCAAAGUCUUGCAAAAGAUUUUUGUCUUCAACAGCUCUGUAAAGGGACUGUGCUGAGUGAAGAGAAAAACAGAAAAGAAAAUGAAAGCAAAGGACAACAGUCAUAUGCACAAAUGUACCAACAUAAUGUUUUAUUAGGUGAGACCAGAUCUACAUCUGCAGAAAUAAAAUCUCCUGUUGACAUCUCCAAAAUGGAAGGUCUUGAGGAAAAGGCUGAGGAUCAGAGAGCAGGAACUUUAACUCUUGACAGUUGUCCGAUGUGUCUAAUCCAGUUUACUGGAAUAUUGUCACAGUUGGACAUUGACAGCCAUCUUGCUAAAUGUUUGUCUGAAAGUGCAGAUGAUGUGAUUUGGUAAAAGAACAAGAAUGAAGAGCCGAGUCAGAUGCUAAGAUAUGAAUCUCUCUAAGAAAAAAGGAAAGUAUAUCAAGAAAAUGUGUCCUGAUAGAAUGUGUAUUAAACUUGUAUAAUUGAAAAACAAAAACAAAGAAAGGUCAGAAAUACCAUCAACCUCUAUUAAUUUCCUCUGAACCGCUCUGUGUAUCCAUUGUAUCCCUGAUCCUGCAAAGAGAACUGUGUGGACAUACUUCUAGAUGAUGUGGAGCCCCACCGAAUGCAUAUCAAAAAAGUACUAUUAUGGCUCCUUGAAGUACAGUAUCUGUUCUCUUUUGCCAGGUAUUUAAAUUGUUAUGCUUUUCAAAGUUAUAGCAGAAAGAGGUUGAUGCAAGAAAUUUUCUUGUAGACUGUUAAUUCUGUAGACUGUUAAUUUGCCUAAUCCAAAUGUCAUUGAAUCCAGUGACUUCAGCAGGCUUUGUAUCAGGUUCUAAAUGGUUAACUCUUUGGAAAGUAAAUUGCCUGAUACUUUGGGUACUACAGCAUUUUUUAAUGUCUGUUUAGGCUUUUAAAUUUCAGUUCAUGCUUUAUUUGAAAAAAAGUUUAAAUAAAUAUCUAGCUGGAAUUUUG